GGAGCGCUUCAAGUUGUAGAUCCAUCACCGGGUAGCCUCAUUCUUGUGAUUACAAGGUGCAAACCUGCUCUUCUUUCCAAUCUCACCCCGCUGCUGCUGCUUCUCCACAACACUUAACCGCUCUGCAUUGAAAACAGGAGGACAGAUACUUUAAGAAGCAGGAUGCAGCGUUUCAGAGAAGGUAUUCACAUCCGCACCAUGAAGGCCAAGAGGAAAGUGGAGGAGAUCUCCAAAGAGGACGUCCAGGCUUUCCUCAAGAAGAACGCUUUCGUGCUCUUUACAGUCGGGGCGGUCGUCGUAGGGAUUGUUCUGGGGUUUGCUCUCCGUCCCUACAAGAUGACUUUUCGAGAGGUGAAGUACUUCUCCUUCCCUGGAGAGCUGUUGAUGAGGAUGCUUCAGAUGUUGGUUCUCCCUUUACUCAUCUCCAGUCUGAUAACAGGAAUGGCAGCUCUGGACAGCAAAGCUUCGGGAAAGAUGGGAAUGAGAGCUGUGAUUUAUUACAUGACCACAACAUUUAUCGCAGUCUUCAUCGGGAUCCUCGUCGUCCUCGUCAUCCAUCCAGGGAAAGGAUCAAAGGAAGAGUUUGGCAAGCAGCAGACGAUAGAGCAAGUCAGUCCUGCUGACGCCUUCUUAGAUCUGAUCAGAAAUAUGUUUCCUCCAAACCUGGUCCAAGCCUGCACACAGCAGUUCAAAACCAAAUAUGGAAAGCGUGUAGUCCAUGUGACGGUGACGGUGAACGACACCUUCUUCAACUCCACCAACGGCACCCAGGAGGUCAUGGAGAUCACCCGGGAGGAGCGGAUCCCAGUGCCGGGUCAGGUGAACGGGGUCAACGCCCUCGGCCUGGUGGUCUUCUCCAUGUGCUUCGGUCUGAUAAUUGGCAACAUGAAGGAGCAGGGUCAGCUCCUCAGGGACUUCUUCGACAGCCUCAAUGAAGCCAUCAUGCGCCUGGUUGCCAUCAUCAUGUGGUACGCUCCGAUUGGUAUCCUGUUCCUGAUUGCUGGAAAGAUUGUGGAGAUGGAUGAUCUGACUCAGAUGGGAGGCCAGCUGGGAAUGUACACCAUCACGGUUAUCAUCGGCUUAUCCAUCCACGCCUUCGUUAUUCUGCCCACUCUGUAUUUUGCUAUCACUCGGCAAAACCCCUUCGUCUUCAUCGCUGGGCUCCUACAAGCUCUCGUCACAGCCCUGGGGACCUCGUCAAGCUCGGCCACUCUGCCCGUCACCUUUAAAUGUCUGGAGGAAAACAACAAAAUUGACAAGAGGAUCACACGUUUUAUACUUCCUGUCGGUGCCACCAUCAACAUGGACGGGACAGCUCUCUACGAGGCGCUGGCAGCCAUCUUUAUCGCCCAGGUCAACAACAUGGAGAUGAACUUUGGGCAGAUCAUCACCAUCAGCAUCACAGCGACUGCAGCUAGCAUCGGAGCUGCGGGCAUCCCGCAAGCCGGCCUGGUUACCAUGGUGAUCGUUCUGACCUCUGUCGGACUCCCUACUGAUGACAUCACUCUCAUCAUUGCGGUCGAUUGGUUCCUGGACCGUCUUCGCACAACAACCAAUGUUUUGGGGGAUUCGAUCGGCGCUGGCAUCGUGGAGUUCCUGUCUCGGCACGAGCUUCGCAGCAAAGACGUAGAGAUGGGAAACUCGGUGCUGGAGGAAAAGGAGAGGAAGAAACCAUACAAGCUCAUCUCUCAGGAUAGCGAUUUUGAAAAUGACAAGCGUGCUCACACUGAAUCACACAUGUAGUUCCUCCUCCCUCAACAUCGUCGCUGUCCGCCAUUUUUUCCACACUUUUGAUAUGUUAGCAUUUCUUUAUUGUUCCAGAGGAUAUUUAUCACAUUCACCUCCAUCUAAAAGAAAUAGUUUAUUAUGUGCAUCUUCAAAUAGGACUGGAAGUUUCAAUCAGAAGUCAGCGUUUAAAGCUUCCAUCUUCUCCUCAUGUUCACCUUGCAUGUUGUCAAUCUGGGAAACCCUUAGAGUAGCUUUGCAUGAUUUGCAGCUAAAAAAAAAAUCUGAAACAAACUUGUGAAGCAAUUCUAAAAGGGGCCAUGUGUUAAAAAAUCUGGACUUUAAGGGCCACAAAGCAGAACAUAAAGUUAUCAGCUGGAUACAAUCAGGCGCUGCAGUCAUGGAUGCUUUGAAGAGGAACUCUAAGAAUAUUAUCUGAAGAGUUAAUGCAGUCAGAUCUUUCACCAGGACAUGAUGAACUCAACUUGAAAUCAAACGUCAUCUCCAUCGUCCAAACAUUAGCCGGUUAACUUUAUGAAUAUAACAGACAUUUUAAUAUUUUUCUGUACAGGCGCUAGAGUUGCAAACGCAUGUGUGUGUGCAUGUUCACAUUUCAAGUGUGUGUUUUUUAGCUGCUGAAUUUUUUUUACCAACUCUGCUCAUGUAAUGUAGAUUUGAGACGAGUGAAUAUGUCUGGAUUUAAUACAUGCUAAAGCCACUGAUCAUGACUGAAAUUCAUUCAAUGUUUUGUGGAGAACGGUUGUCUUAAUUUUUGUUUAUUAUAACUACUAAUAAAUAAACAGAAAAGAAACCUU